AAACAAAACUUUGUUUUUAAAAAGAAUCAAACUUAAAUACACUUAAACGGUAUAAGAAAAGUGAUUAAUUUGCGUUUCGUAAUCUCAUUUCCUAAAAUGGUUUACAGUUGUUUCGUUACGAAAUAACAAAUCUUGUGGCUGAGGAAGGUUCAAAGCUUCUAACCAUAUCAAAACAGAGCCAGCUGAUGUAGUAGUCUCACCCAGAUCCUACUGAACACGACAAAAAAUAAACGUAUUGGGCCUAAUGGAAAAAUAGUCAAAGCCCAUUAAAUAUGAAACUUAAUGAUUUAACUAAAGAUUCUCUGAGUCAACGGUUGACUGCAUACCAAACAUGGUCCAAAACGUGUACGUCUUUCAUAACCAAUAUUUGGAGUUGUUCACCAUCUUCCACAAACCCUUUCUCAAUGCCUCUUCUCUUCUUCUCACGUCGUUUUCUCAUCUUCUCCACCAUCAUCCCCUUCAUAGCAUCCAUCACUCUCUACCGUCUCGACACCUUCGACCCAUCUCAUCUUCCCGCCGAUGCACUUGUCUACUCUACUACUUCCAUCCCUCCGCUUGUCAACGACCAACUUCUCACCGGCGCUGAGUUUAUUGGCGUCGGUCUUCUCAACAAGCCCGAGGAUAUCGCCUACGACCGAGACUCAGGUCUUAUCUAUACUGGCUGUUUAGAUGGAUGGGUGAAACGUGUCAAGGCUCUAGAGUCAUGUAAUGACUCUGUCGUAGAGGACUGGGUCAAUACUGGCGGUAGACCACUUGGCCUCGCUUUUGGAUUACAUGGAGAAGUCAUUGUCGCAGACGCCUACAAGGGGCUGUUGAACAUAAGCGAUGACGGUAGGAAGACGGAGUUGUUGACGGAUGAAGCAGAAGGAGUGAGAUUUAAGCUCACCGAUGCAGUCGCCGUUGGAGAUAACGGCGUUUUGUAUUUCACGGAUGCUUCUUACAAGUACGAUUAUAGUCAAGCAAGCUUUGACUUUCUGGAAGGCAAACCGCAUGGUCGACUCAUGAGCUUUAACCCGACAACAAGAACAACUCGGGUCCUUUUAAAAGACCUUUACUUCGCUAAUGGCAUCUCUAUGUCUCCCGACCAAACCCAUCUAGUCUUCUGCGAAACUCCAGUAAGAAGAUGCAGCAAGUAUUACAUCAAUGAAGAGCGAGUGGAGGUAUUUAUUCAAAGCUUACCGGGUUAUCCAGAUAACAUUCGGUACGAUGGAGAUGGACAUUACUGGAUCGCAAUACCUAAGGGAGUAACAACGUUGUGGAAGCUGUCGAUGAGGUAUCCACUCUUGAGAAAAGUCACAGCCAUGGUGGCUAAGUGGGGCUUCAAUCUUAUGUUCGCGGAGGAUGCUGGCGUUUUACAGGUGGAUUUGGAUGGAAACCCCAUCGCCUUUUACCAUGAUCAUAAAAUUAGUCACUUAACCACCGGAGUCAAGAUUGGGAAAUAUCUAUAUUGCGGAAGUCUCUUGCAUUCACGCAUACUCAGACUUGAUCUCCUGAAGUAUCCUGCCCAAAAAAGUCUUUAAAACAUCAAGUUUAUGGAAAAUAAACAAGUUUGUAUACAUCAUCUUAGCUGUCACAUUUUUAAAACCCACUUUGUCAUGAUAAUAAUGAAAUUAUUGAGAUAAUACUUUUUUUUUGAACACUUA